GCCAGCCUAAGCCAAGAUCACCACCAUAAAAACCAAUUUCAACUCCUCAACAUGUGCGCUCACAAGACCAUCGCUUACGCAUGCGGAUGCGUAGCUAGAUUACUUGAAGCUUGCCCCCACGCGAUGAAGAUUAAGAUUUCUCGCGAAAACUGCCAGUUUCAUUUCUCGGAACCGACCGAGAUAGACGAGGGUGAAUGUCUCAGCUGUGUUGUCAGGACCACACAGCGUAAUCAGAAGAAGCUCGAAGGCAUGAAAUUGGAGGAUUUUCAUGUUGCAAACCUCAAGUUUCCACCAACUGCAUCUCCACCUCCGGAAGACGACGAAGAGACGCCCCGUCAAAGUUCCAGUCAGCCUCCGAACCCACGCGAAACCGAAAGCAGACUUCCAGUACGUGAGAGCCAACCACAACGACCUGUUGCAGAGCCAUGCACAGUUCCUCUCGAGGCUGAAGUCGAGCCAUUCAAGCCCAAGAAAUUGGUGAGAAAGAUGAGCGAAAGGAUUAAGAAAAUAGCGAGACAGUUCUCGAAGAAGGAGUAAAAGGUAAGUGGAACACCUUGGUGACUUUCAGGAGAUAAGUCGAGAGCAUUACCUUAUGAAAACGCCACCAAAAAAAAGUAUCAAGGAGUAUCUCACGAGGUUGGAAGACUGUAUGAUGUAUGACUUACGCAGGCCUUGAUUAAUGAAAUACA